AUGCCCUCUGCUGAGACAUCCAACAAGGCUUUCAUCGAUGCUGCCGCUCAGGUCAUUCAAAUACUGGCAGGUGUGGUGACAUUGCAGGACAGUAACCCUGAACACCUUCGGUUGGCUAUGCAGGUGGGGGAUAUCUUGUCCCAUGUUUUUGAAACCCAUGGCAUUUCGGCCACUGUGGUCCCCCCGGUCCUGCUCUCAGCAGCCAUGGAGAUGCUAGAACACCUGGACCGCACUUGGCAAUCAUUUUCAGCAUCCAUUGAAAGACAAGGCCCGCACCCUCUUUGUAUCCAGGCCGGUGCCAUCAACAUCCACCGCCGGGGUCACAAAGUCGAUGCCAGCACCGGGCCCAUCAAGGCCAAAGCCCAAGCCGGCAUUGAAGAAGAAGCUGGCGAAGGGGACUCCAGUUCCAGUCGACCACCGGCACUGCCUGGUGACCGUGAAUCAUCAUAUGAGAAUUCCGCCCCACCGCCGGCAACAACCUCGAAGAAGCAAAAGGUCGCAAAGGUGCCAUUGCCAUCACCGGCCAUUGGGCUACAGGAAGAUUCUGGCGCUACCAUGGAUGCUCCGGAGUUGGUGCCGCGAUGUGACCAAUGCAUCAAAUUAUCCUUUAUUUGUCGUCAGGGAUAUGGUGCCACCAGUGCUGGACUCAAAGCCUGUGCCCAGUGCUCAAGGCUGAAGCUUAAGUGUUCCCGCUCCAAGAUUGAGACCGCCCCGGUGCCGAAGGGUAAGCCUAGCUGGCCACGUUUGAAUUCACGCCGCCAUCCCCCUACAGAAGAUAUCCUUAUGGAAGGUGAUGCUGCAGCGCCCCAUGCACCCAUAUAUUCUGUGCUGCCGAUUGCGACUUUAUUGCCCGAUAGUCGCUCCUCAGAUCCUGCCAAGUCAUCCUCGCCCCCCACACUUGAUCCUCCCAGGGAGUCAGUUGUUCCCUCCCUCCAGCAUUCAAUGGAGGUGGAUUCUGAGGGAGAUGCCAUGGUCAAUGACUUGAGGGCAAUGACCAUGCCGCCGAUGGUGCCUGGGCUGAACUUGUCAAACUGCAAGCUCAGCAGACCUGCCACUGCCGACCUAUUGAAUGUAUUGAACAACCGGCUUGCCGCUCAAGAUGCCGACAUCCAUGCACUGCAAGAUGUACGCGCCAACAUGAAUGCAUUGAACGACUGGCUCGCCGCUCAAGAUGCCGACAUCCUGUGCACUGCAAGAUGCUCAGGUGCAAUUGGACCCAGCAAGAACAAGCCACCGCUGUCCUUCAGGACGCCUACAACGCUCUUCACCAUUGUGUACUCGGUCAAAACCAGUCACUAUCUCCCCCCUUUCUCAGGCCCAAUCUAUCAUGCCAACCCACAGUACAGUGGCAAUCAUAGUAUGAUGCCGGUCAGCAUGGGCCAAAUGCAAGCGAUGGAGGGCUUAUACUUCAACUUGCCUGCAGGUGCUUCCACCAUGGGAGGCCCAUCAGUAGGCAAUGUUGCCGGCGGUUCUGGCUGGAAUGGAGCUGGCGGUCUCUCUGCCAGUCGAUCUCACAAUCAGAUCACUGGCAGUUCUCGCACAGGUGCACAUGCCUUUGGCGAGUCGGCAUUGGGCAGGGGCCCCCAGAACUAG